AUGGACCACUCCUUCAGCGGCGCGCCCCGCUUCCUGACGCGGCCCAAGGCUUUUGUGGUGUCUGUGGGCAAGGACGCCACCUUGAGCUGCCAGAUCGUAGGCAACCCCACGCCACAUGUCAGCUGGGAGAAGGACAGGCAGCCAGUGGAGGCAGGAGCGCGCUUCCGCUUGGCCCAGGACGGAGAUGUGUACCGCCUCACCAUACUGGACCUAGCGCUAGGUGACAGCGGGCAGUACGUGUGUCGCGCGCGCAACGCCAUUGGCGAGGCCUUCGCGGCCGUGGGCCUGCGAGUGGACGCGGAGGCCGCAUACGCCGAGCAGGCGCCCCACUUUCUGCUGCGCCCCACCUCCAUCCGGGUGCGCGAGGGCUCCGAAGCUACGUUCCGCUGUCAGGUGCGUGGCUCGCCGCCCCCGGCAGUGAGCUGGUCCAAAGACGGGAGGCGUCUGGGCGCGCCCGACGGCCCUCGUGUGCGCGUGGAGGACCACGGCGAGGCGAGCGCUCUUCGCAUCCGCUCCGCGCGACAGCGCGACGGUGGCACCUACGAGGUGCGCGCCGAGAACCCGCUGGGCUCGGCCACCGCCGCCGCCGCGCUCGUGGUGGACUCGGACACCGAGGUAGCCGGCCCACCCGGGGCCUCCACCGCGUCGCUCCUGGCGCACCUGCAGCAGCGGCGCGAGGCCAUGCGCGCAGAAGGGGUUCCCCCCUCGCCACCCGGAGCGGGUACGCGCACCUGCACGGUGACCGAGGGCAAGCACGCGCGUCUCAGCUGCUACGUGACUGGUGAGCCCAAGCCCGAGACUGUAUGGAAGAAGGACGGGCAGCUGGUGACCGAGGGCCGGCGACACCUGGUGUAUGAGGACGAACUGGAGAACUUCGUCCUGAAGAUCCUGUUCUGCAAGCAGUCAGACCGCGGCCUCUACACCUGCACAGCCUCCAACCUCGUGGGCCAGACCUACAGCUCGGUGCUGGUGGUCGUGCGAGAGCCCGCCCUGCCCUUCAAGAAGCGGCUGCAGGACCUGGAGGUGCGAGAGAAGGAGUCAGCCACGUUCCAGUGCGAGGUGGCCCAGCCCGCCACCGAGGCUGUGUGGUUCAAGGAGGAGACGAGGUUGUGGGCGAGCGCCAAAUAUGACAUCGAGGAGGAGGGUACCGAGCGCCGACUGACCGUGCACAACGUCUCUGCCGACGACGACGCGGUGUACAUCUGCGAGACCAUGGAGGGCAGCCGCACUGUGGCAGAGCUCUCUGUCCAAGGGAACUUGACCAGAAAGCUGCCUCGGAAGACAGCUGUGCGUGCUGGGGACACGGCCAUCUUUUGGGUGGAGCUGGCUGCCCCAGAGGGCCCUGUCCGAUGGCUACGGAACCAGGAGGAGAUGGUGGCAGGGGGCCGGGUAGCCAUCACUGCAGAAGGCACGUGCCACACACUAACCAUUUUCCAGUGCACCUUGGCGGACAUGGGUGAGGUGGCCUUUGUAGCUGGUGGCUGCCGGACAACCACCCGGUUCUGUGUGUCAGCCCCCAGGAGGCCACCUCUGUACCCUCCUGCUGACCCUGUGAUAAAGGCCAGAAUGGAGAAUUCCGUGACCCUCAGCUGGUCUCCACCACCCCAUGGGGACCGACCCGUUGCCAUCGAUGGUUAUGUAGUGGAGAAAAGGCGACUUGGUGCUUAUGCCUGGAGCCGGUGCCACGAGGCUGAAUGGGUGGCCAUGCUGGAGUUUACUGUCACUGGUGUGGCUGAGGAAGGGGACUUCCAGUUCCGAGUGUCAGCCAUCAACCACUUUGGCCAGAGCCCCUACCUUGAGUUCCCAGGGACCAUACACUUGGCCCCCAAGCUGGCCGUGAAGACGCCUCUGAAGGCAGUUGAGGCAGUGGAGGGUGGCGAGGUCACCUUCUCUGUGGACCUCACUGUGGCCUCUGAGGGCAAGUGGUUCCUAGAUGGGGAGGCCCUGAAGCCCAGCAGUGUGUAUGUGAUCCGCUGUGAUUGUACCCGGCACACACUCACCAUCCGAGAGGUACCUGCAAGCUUGCAUGGGGUGCAGCUGAAGUUCGUGGCUGAUGGCAUUGAAACCAGCAUCCGAAUGGAGGUCCGGGAAGCUCCAGGGCUGACCAGCAGCAAGCUUCCAGCUAUGGCCGCCCGGGAGGUGCUGGCCGGACUGCACGAGGAGGCACAGCUGCUGGCUGAGUUGUCAGACCAGGCCGCAGCUGUGACAUGGCUGAAGGAUGGUCGAGAGCUGCCUGUGGGCCCCAAGUACGAAGUGCAGGCAUCAGCUGGCAGGCGAGCACUGCUGGUGCGGGAUGUGGCACAGGAUGAUGCCGGCCUGUACGAGUGUGUCAGUCGUGAAAACCGCAUUGCCUACCAGUUGUUAGUGCAAGGCCUCAGAGCCUUUCUUCACAGAAAGGCAGGUGGCUGUGUGGAUGCUGCGGACCAGGGCCCAACUCAGUUUGAAUGUACAGGUAGCAAGGUGCUGGGUUCUUCUGCCCACUACUUGCAGGAGGACAUGGAGAUAUGGCAUUGGCUGAGUGUAUCUUCAGAUACCAGGCAGGACAAAGGUAACUCCUGUAGCAUGCAUGAAGAUCCCAAGGUGGUGUUUGCCAAGGAGCAGCAGGCACGCAGCGAGGUGAAGGCAGAGGCGGGGACCAGCGCCACCCUGAGCUGCGAGGUGGCCCAGGCCCAGACAGAGGUGACGUGGCUCAAGGAUGGGAAGAAGCUGAGCUCGAGCUCGAAGGUGCGAGUGGAGGCCUCGGACUGCACAAGGAGGCUGGUGGUGCAGCAGGCGGGCAAGGCUGAUGCUGGGGAGUACAGCUGUGAGGCCGGGGGACAGAGGGUCUCCUUCCGCCUGGACGUCACAGAGCCCAAGGUGGUGUUUGCCAAGGAGCAGCAGGCACGCAGCGAGGUGAAGGCAGAGGCAGGGGCCGGCGCCACCCUGAGCUGCGAGGUGGCCCAGGCCCAGACAGAGGUGACGUGGUUCAAGGACGGGAAGAAGCUGAGCUCGAGCUCGAAGGUGCAAGUGGAGGCCUCAGGCUGCACGAGGAGGCUGGUGGUGCAGCAGGCGGGCAAGGCCGAUGCCGGGGAGUACAGCUGUGAGGCCGGGGGACAGAGGGUCUCCUUCCGCCUGGACGUCACAGAUCCCAAGGUGGUGUUUGCCAAGGAGCAGCAGGCACUCAGCGAGGUGAAGGCAGAGGCGGGGGCCAGCGCCACCCUGAGCUGCGAGGUGGCCCAGGCCCAGACAGAGGUGACAUGGCUCAAGGACGGGAAGAAGCUGAGCUCGAGCUCGAAGGUGCAAGUGGAGGCCUCGGGCUGCACGAGGAGGCUGGUGGUGCAGCAGGCGGGCAAGGCUGAUGCUGGGGAGUACAGCUGUGAGGCCGGGGGACAGAGGGUCUCCUUCCGCCUGGACGUCACAGAGCCCAAGGUGGUGUUUGCCAAGGAGCAGCAGGCACGCAGCGAGGUGAAGGCAGAGGCGGGGACCAGCGCCACCCUGAGCUGCGAGGUGGCCCAGGCCCAGACAGAGGUGACGUGGCUCAAGGAUGGGAAGAAGCUGAGCUCGAGCUCGAAGGUGCGAGUGGAGGCCUCGGGCUGCACGAGGAGGCUGGUGGUGCAGCAGGCGGGCAAGGCUGAUGCUGGGGAGUACAGCUGUGAGGCCGGGGGACAGAGGGUCUCCUUCCACCUGGAUGUCACAGAGCCCAAGGUGGUGUUUGCCAAGGAUCAGCAGGCACUCAGUGAGGUGAAGGCAGAGGCGGGGGCCGGCGCCACCCUGAGCUGCGAGGUGGCCCAGGCCCAGACAGAAGUGACUUGGUUCAAGGACGGGAAGAAGCUGAGCUCGAGCUCGAAGGUGCGAGUGGAGGCCUCGGGCUGCACGAGGAGGCUGGUGGUGCAGCAGGCAGGCAAGGCUGAUGCCGGGGAGUACAGCUGUGAGGCCGGGGGACAGAGGGUCUCCUUCCACCUGGAUGUUGCAGAGCCCAAGAUGGUAUUUGCCAAGGAGCAGCAGGCACUCAGCAAGGUGAAGGCAGAGGCGGGGGCCAGCGCCACCCUGAGCUGCGAGGUGGCCCAGGCCCAGACAGAGGUGACAUGGCUCAAGGACGGGAAGAAGCUGAGCUCGAGCUCGAAGGUGCGAGUGGAGGCCUCGGGCUGCACGAGGAGGCUGGUGGUGCAGCAGGCGGGCAAGGCUGAUGCUGGGGAGUACAGCUGUGAGGCCGGGGGACAGAGGGUCUCCUUCCGCCUGGACGUCACAGAGCCCAAGGUGGUGUUUGCCAAGGAGCAGCAGGCACGCAGCGAGGUGAAGGCAGAGGCGGGGACCAGUGCCACCCUGAGCUGCGAGGUGGCCCAGGCCCAGACAGAGGUGACGUGGCUCAAGGAUGGGAAGAAGCUGAGCUCGAGCUCGAAGGUGCGAGUGGAGGCCUCGGGCUGCACGAGGAGGCUGGUGGUGCAGCAGGCGGACAAGGCCGAUGCCGGGGAGUACAGCUGUGAGACCGGGGGACAGAGGGUCUCCUUCCGCCUGGACGUCACAGAGCCCAAGGUGGUGUUUGCCAAGGAGCAGCAGGCAUGCAGCGAGGUGAAGGCAGAGGCGGGGGCCAGCACCACCCUGAGCUGCGAGGUGGCCCAGGCCCAGACAGAGGUGACGUGGCUCAAGGACGGGAAGAAGCUGAGCUCGAGCUCGAAGGUGCGAGUGGAGGCCUCGGGCUGCACGAGGAGGCUGGUGGUGCAGCAGGCGGGCAAGGCCGAUGCCGGGGAGUACAGCUGUGAGGCCGGGGGACAGAGGGUCUCCUUCCGCCUGGACGUCACAGAGCCCAAGGCGGUGUUUGCCAAGGAGCAGCAGGCACGCAGCGAGGUGAAGGCAGAGGCGGGGACCAGCGCCACCCUGAGCUGCGAGGUGGCCCAGGCCCAGACAGAGGUGACGUGGCUCAAGGACGGGAAGAAGCUGAGCUCGAGCUCGAAGGUACGAGUGGAGGCCUCGGGCUGCACGAGGAGGCUGGUGGUGCAGCAGGCGGGCAAGGCCGAUGCCGGGGAGUACAGCUGUGAGGCCGGGGGACAGAGGGUCUCCUUCCGCCUGGAUGUCACAGAGCCCAAGGUGGUGUUUGCCAAGGAGCAACAGGCACGCAGCGAGGUGAAGGCAGAGGCGGGGACCAGCGCCACCCUGAGCUGCGAAGUGGCCCAGGCCCAGACAGAGGUGACAUGGCUCAAGGACGGGAAGAAGCUGAGCUCGAGCUCGAAGGUGCAAGUGGAGGCCUCGGGCUGCACGAGGAGGCUGGUGGUGCAGCAGGCGGGCAAGGCUGAUGCUGGGGAGUACAGCUGUGAGGCCGGGGGACAGAGGGUCUCCUUCCGCCUGGACGUCACAGAGCCCAAGGCGGUGUUUGCCAAGGAGCAGCAGGCACGCAGCGAGGUGAAGGCAGAGGCGGGGGCCAGCGCCACCCUGAGCUGCGAGGUGGCCCAGGCCCAGACAGAAGUGACGUGGCUCAAGGACGGGAAGAAGCUGAGCUCGAGCUCGAAGGUGCAAGUGGAGGCCUCGGGCUGCACGAGGAGGCUGGUGGUGCAGCAGGCGGGCAAGGCUGAUGCCGGGGAGUACAGCUGUGAGGCCGGGGGACAGAGGGUCUCCUUCCGCCUGGACGUCACAGAACCCAAGCCCCAAGUUCCAGGGAGACCCAGCUGCAGGGAGCCUCUGGUGGUCAAGGAACACGAGGACGUUGUCCUGACUGCUACACUGGCUGCACCAUCGGUGGCUGCUGUGACCUGGCUCAAGGAUGGAGUGGAGAUUCGUCGCAGCAAGCGGCACGAGAUCACCAGCCUGGGCGACACUCACACCCUGACUGUUCGAGGUGCACAGUUGCUAGACAGUGCAAUCUACAGCUGCCGCGUGGGCACGGAGGGCCAGGACUUCCCAGUCCAGGUGGAGGAGGUGGCUGCCAAGUUCUCCAAGCCUCUGGAGGCCAUCACAGGGGAGUUGGGCGGUACGGUAAAGCUGGUUUGUGAGCUGAGCCCUGAGCAGGCUGAGGUGCUGUGGCGCUGUGGAAGCACUCAGCUAAGGGAGGGCAAGCGCUUCCAGAUGACAUCCCAGGGGCCUGUGCGCACGCUGACUGUGUCUGGCCUGCGAGAGGAGGAUGCAGGAGAGUAUGUGUGUGAGAGCCGUGAUGACCACACCAGUGCUCUGCUCACCAUCAAAGUUCCCCGAGUGGUCAAGUUCACAUCUGGGCUGAGUGCUGUGGUUGCAGAGGAAGGCUGCAAGGCCACCUUCCAGUGCAUAGUGUCCCCCAGUGAUGUAGCAGUCACAUGGUACCGGGAUGGUACCCAGCUGCAGCCCAGUGAGAAAUUUGUCAUGGCGCAGAGUGGGACCAGCCACAGCCUGACCAUAUUGGACCUGGCACUGGAGGAUGCUGGCCAGUUUACAGCGGAGGCCGAGGGUGCCUCAUCUUCUGCCACUCUCCGGGUCCGAGAUCUGCAUGUGGGCAUCACCAAGAGGCUAAAGACAGUGGAGGUGCUGGAGGGAGAGAGCUGCAGUUUUGAGUGUGUCCUGUCCCACGAGAAUACCAGUGACCCAGCCGUGUGGACGGUUGGUGGAAAGACAGUGGGUAACUCUGGCCACUUCCAGGCCACACGCCAGGGCCGCAAAUACACUCUGACAGUCCGAGAUGCUGCGUUCAGUGAUGCAGGAGAGGUGAUCUUCUCUGUGCAGGGCCUCACCUCCAAGGCUUCACUCAUCAUCAGAGAGAGGCCGGUGGACAUCACAAAACCCCUGGAGGACCAGAGGGCCACACGAGGGGAGGACGUGACACUGAGUUGUGAGUUGUCGAAGAUGGGCACCACUGUGCACUGGCUGAAGGAUGGAAAGGCUAUCCGCAAAAGUCAGAAGUACGAUGUGCUCAACGAAGGUACACGGGCUGUGCUGGUUGUCCGCAAGGCCUCGCUCAAGGAUUCUGGAGAGUACACCUGUGAGACAGAAGCUUCCAAGAGCACUGCCAAGCUCCAAGUGGAAGAAAAGGGAAACCGGUUCACAGAAGAGCUGACUGACCUGCAGGCAGAAGAGAAGGGCACAGCUGUGUUCACAUGCAAGACAGAGCACCCAGCAUCUGCCGUGACCUGGCGCAAGGGCCUCCUGGAGUUGCGGGCCUCGAGAAAGCAUGCCCCAGGCCAGGAGGGCUUGACCCUGAAGCUCACCAUCAAUGCCCUGGAGAGGACAGACAGUGACACCUACACCUGUGACAUUGGCCAGGCUCAGACUCAGGCCCGGCUCCUGGUGCACGGUCAGAAGGUACGCAUCACUGAGGACCUGGAAGACAGCGAUGUCCAGGAGGGUUCCUCUGCUAAGUUCUGCUGCCGCAUCUCCCCUGCUGACUAUGGGCCUGUGCACUGGUUCCUGGAUAAGACCCCCCUGCACACCAACGAGCUCAAUGAGAUUGCUGUCCAGCCAGGAGGCUACCAUGUGCUCACCCUGCGGAAGCUGGCACUCAAAGACUCGGGCACUGUCUACUUUGAGGCGGGUGACCAGCGGACCUCAGCUGCCCUUCGGGUCACUGAGAAACCGAGCAUCUUCUCCCGGCCACUCAUGGAUGUCGCAGUCACAGAAGGUGAGGACCUGACCCUCAUCUGUGAGACCACUCUGGAUAGUCCUGUGCGCUGGACCAAGGAUGGGAAGACACUGCGGCCAUCGACACGGUGCCAGCUCAACUACCAGGGGUGCCGGGCUCAGCUGGUCAUCACUGGCACCACCCUACAAGACGGUGGGCGAUACAAGUGUGAAGCCAGCGGAGCCACCAGCAGCUCCAUUGUCAGGGUCCACGCUCGGCCAGUGCAGUUCCGGGAGGCCCUGAAGGAUGUGGAGGUGCCAGAGGGCGGGGCUGCCACCCUGCGCUGUGCACUGUCAUCAGUGGCUGCACCUGUGGAGUGGCGCCGUGGGGACGACAUCCUGAAGUCCAGCAGCAAGUACAGCCUGCGCCAGGAGGGAGUCAUGCUGGAGUUGGUUGUCCGAGACCUGCAGCCCCAGGAUAGUGGGUGUUACUCCUGCUCCUUUGGGGACCAGACAACCUCAGCCACACUAACUGUGAAAGCCCUGUCUGCCCAGUUCAUAGGAAAAUUGAGAAACAAGGAGGCCACAGAAGGGACCACGGCCACGCUGCGGUGUGAGCUGACCAAAGAGGCCCCCGUGGAAUGGAGGAAGGGAACAGAGACUCUGAGAAAUAGGGGCAGAUACAGCCUGAAGCAGGACGGGGCUGUGUGUGAACUACAGAUCCGUGACUUGGCCGAGGCAGAUGCUGGGGAGUACUUAUGUGUGUGUGGGCAGGAGAGGACCUCCGCCAUGCUGACCAUCAAAGCUCUGCCUGCCCACUUCAUUGGAAGGCUCAGAAGCAGGGAGGCCACAGAAGGGGACAUGGCCACGCUGCACUGUGAGCUGAGCAAGGCUGCCACUGUGGAGUGGAGAAAGGGAACAGAGACCCUGAGAGAUGGGGACAGAUACAGCCUCAAGCAGGACGGGGCUGUGUGUGAGCUGCAGAUCUGUGGCCUGACUGUGGGGGAUGCUGGCGAGUAUUCGUGCCUGUGUGGGCAGGAAAGGACCACAGCCACGUUGACCAUCAGGGCCCUACCAGCUAGAUUCACUGAAGGUCUAAAGAAUGAAGAAUCCACAGAAGGGGCCGUGGCCACACUACGGUGUGAGCUGAGCAAGAUGGCCCCAGUAACGUGGAAGAAGGGAGCAAAGACCCUGAGAGAUGGAGACAGAUACAGCCUAGCACAGGACGGGGCCGUGUGUGAGCUGCAGAUCCGUGGCCUGGCCAUGGCAGAUGCUGGAGAGUACUCAUGCAUGUGUGGACAGGAGAGGACCUCAGCCACACUGACUGUGAGGGCCCUGCCUGCCACAUUUAUUGAAGACUUGAGAAGCCAAGAGGCCACAGAAGGGGCCACGGCAAUAUUACAGUGUGAGCUGAGCAAGCCAGCCCCCGUGGAGUGGAGGAGGGGGUCUGAGACCCUGAGAGAUGGGGACAGAUACAGCCUGAGGCACGAUGGGGCUGUGUGUGAGCUGCAGAUCCGUGGCCUGGCUGUGGAAGAUACUGGAGAGUACUCGUCCCUGCCCGCCAGAUUCAUAGAAGAUUUGAGAAGCCAAGAGGCCACAGAAGGGGCCACAGCCACGUUGCAGUGUACACUCAGCAAGGUGGCCCCCGUGGAGUGGAGGAAGGGAACAAGGAUCCUCAGAGAUGGGGACAGAUACAACCUGAGGCAGGACGGGGCCAUGUGUGAGCUGCAGAUCCAUGGCCUGGCUGUGGAAGAUACUGGAGAGUACUCGUGUGUGUGUGGGCAGGAGAGGACCUCAGCCACACUGAGCGUCAGGGCCCUGCCUGCCAGAUUCAUGGAAGACUUGAGAAGCCAAGAGGCCACGGAAGACACCACAGCCACACUGAGGUGUGAGCUGAGCAAGGCGGCCCCUGUGGAGUGGAGGAGGGGGUCUGAGAGCCUGAGAGAUGGAGACAGAUACAGCCUGAGGCAGGAUGGGGCUGUAUGUGAGCUGCAGAUCCGUGGCCUGACCGUGGAAGAUACUGGAGAGUACUCGUGUGUGUGUGGGCAGGAGAAGACCUCAGCCAUGCUGACUGUGAAUGCACUGCCCACCAAGUUCACAGAGGGUCUGAAGAAUGAAGAGGCCAUAGAAGGGGCCACAGUCACUCUGAGGUGCCAGUUGAGCAAGCCGGCCCCCGUGGAGUGGAGGAGGGGGUCUGAGACCCUGAGAGAUGGGGAUAGAUACAGCCUGAGGCACGAUGGGGCUGUGUGUGAGCUGCAGAUCCAUGGCCUGGCUGUGGAAGAUACUGGAGAGUACUCGUGUGUGUGUGGGCAGGAGAGGACCUCAGCCACGCUGAACGUCAGGGCCCUGCCCGCCAGAUUCAUAGAAGACUUGAGAAGCCAAGAGGCCACGGAAGACACCACAGCCACACUGAGGUGUGAACUGAGCAAGGUGGCCCCUGUGGAGUGGAGGAGGGGGUCUGAGAGCCUGAGAGAUGGAGACAGAUACCGCCUGAGGCAGGAUGGGGCUGUAUGUGAGCUGCAGAUCCGUGGCCUGACCGUGGAAGAUACUGGAGAGUACUCGUGUGUGUGUGGGCGGGAGAAGACCUCGGCCACGCUGAACGUCAGGGCCCUGCCCACCAGAUUUAUAGAAGACUUGAGAAGCCAAGAGGCCACGGAAGGUACCACAGCCACGUUGAGAUGCCAGCUGAGCAAAGUGGCCUCUGUGGAGUGGAGGAAGGGAGCAGAGACCCUGAGAGAUGGGGGCAGAUACAGCCUGAGGCAGGAUGGAGCAGCGUGUGAGCUGGAGAUCUGUGGCCUGGCCGUGGCUGAUGCUGGGGAGUACUCGUGUGUGUGUGGGAAGGAGAGGACCUCAGCCACGCUGAGUGUUACGGCCCCACAGGUAGUCUUCCAAAAGCCACUACAGAACCUGCAGGUGGAAGAAGGCUCUGUGGCUAGCCUGCGGUGUGAACUCUCUGUGCCCAAUGUCGCCGUGGUCUGGAGCAAGGGCGGCCUGGAGCUGCAGGCCGGUGAGCACCAGGAGCCCCAGCGUCAGGGGUGUAUCGCAGAGCUCGUGCUGAGGGAUGUGAGGCGUGAGGAUGCGGGCGAAUAUAGCUGUACCUGUGGCUCCCAGACCACAAGUGCCACGCUCAUGGUCACAGCUGCUCCUGUGCGGUUCCUCCGGGAGCUGCAGGCCCAGGAGGUGGAUGAGGGGGCUACAGCACAUCUGCGCUGUGAGCUGAGCAGGCAGCCUGUGAGCUUGGAGUGGCGCAAGGACUCCCUGCAGCUGUUCCCUUGCUCCAAGUAUCAGAUGCUGCAGGAGGGCACAGCCGCCGAGUUGCUGGUGCACGGGGUGGAGCAGGAGGACGCAGGCGAAUACGUCUGUGAUGCAGGUCACUCACAGAGCGUGGCCAGGCUCGCGGUCCGAGCUCCUAAGUCCAAAUUCAAGACUGGGCUGCAGAACACAGAACAGGAAGCAGGUAGUGUGGCCCGGCUGUGUUGUCAACUGAGCGAGGCCGAGCCAGGGGCCCCGGUACAGUGGCUCAAGGAGGGUGUAGAGCUGCAUAAGGGUCCCAAGUACGAGAUGCAAUGCCAAGGAGUCAUCUGUGAGCUACUGAUCCAUGGGCUCGAGGCCAAGGACACAGGGGAGUACGCCUGUGUGGUGGGUGGCCAGAAAACCUUGGCCUCCCUUAGAGUCAAAGAGCCUGAGGUGACCAUUGUGCGGGAACUGGUUGGUGCAGAAGUGCAGGCUGAUGAGGACGUGGAGUUCAGCUGUCAGGUGUCACGAGCAGGAGCCACGGAUGUACAGUGGCGUCUCCAGGGCCUGCCACUGCAGAGCAAUGAAGUGACAGAGGUGGCUGUUCUUGGGGACGGCCGAACCCAUGUGCUCCAGCUGAAGGGUGUGACACUGGAGGAUGCUGGCACUGUCUCUUUCCAUGUGGGCAGCCACUCUUCUUCUGCUCAGCUCACUGUCCGAGUCCCUGAGGUAACCAUCCUGGAGCCCCUGCAGGAUGUGCAGCUCAGCGAGGGCCAGGAUGCCCACUUCCGGUGCCGACUGUCCAGGGCCUCCAGCCAGGAGGCCCGCUGGGCUUUGGGAGGGGUGCCGUUGCAGGCCAAUGAGAUGAACGACAUCACUGUGGAGCAGGGCACACUCCACCUGCUCACUUUGCAUAAGGUGACCCUCGAGGAUGCUGGAACAAUCACUCUCCAAGUGGGCUCAUGUUCCUCAGAAGCCCAGCUGAAGGUUGCAGCCAAGAACACAGUGGUACGUGGCCUGGAGAACGUGGAUGCGCUAGAGGGCGGCGAAGCUCUGUUCGAGUGCCAGCUCUCCCAGCCUGAAGUGGCCGCCCACACCUGGCUGCUGGAUGAUGAACCUGUACACACAUCAGCAAAUGUGGAGGUGGUCUACUUUGAGAAUGGCCUGCGGCACUUGCUGCUGCUCAAAAACCUGAAGCCACAGGACAGCUGCCGUGUGACCUUCCUGGCAGGGGAUGUGGUCACAUCUGCUUUCCUCACUGUCAGAGGUCUUCCUGACCCCCCAGAAGAUGCAGAGGUAGUGGGUCGCAGUGGCCGUUCCGUGACCCUGUCCUGGGUGGCUCCCACAAGCGAUGGUGGUGGUGGUCUGUGUGGCUAUCGGGUGGAGAUGAAGGAGGCAUCCACGGGCCAGUGGCAGUUGUGCCAUGAACUAGUACCUGGGCCAGAGUGUGUGGUGGACGGCCUGGUCCCUGGGGAGACCUACCGUUUCCGAGUGGCAGCUGUGGGACCGGCAGGCGCUGGGGAGCCUGUGCAUCUGCCCCAGAUGGUCAAGCUAGCCCCAGCCUCGGCCCCAGCCCCAGUCCCAGCCCCAGCCUCAGCCCCAGCUCUACCCCAAGCCUCAGCCCCAGCCCCAGAGAGACGGCAGGUAGUGGUUGGUGAGGACGUGUGUCUGGAAUUGGAAAUGGCAGCUGAAGCUGGCGAGAUCAUCUGGCACAAAGGGACAGAGCGCAUCCAGCCCAGCGGGCACUUUGAGAUCCUCUCUCAGGGUCGGCGGCAGAUGCUGGUGAUCAAGGGCUUCAGGAUGGAAGACCAGGGGGAGUACCACUGUAGCCCUGUGCAGGGCCUGCCCUCCAUGGGAGCUGCCACUUUCCAGGUGGUCAUGACCCCAGGCUCUGAGACUGAGGCCCCCACGCAGCCCAGCCUGCCCCCAGAGGCAGCUCAAGAGGGUGACCUGCACCUGCUUUGGGAGGCCCUGGCCCGAAAGCGCCGCAUGAGCCGAGAGCCCACGCUAGACUCCAUCAGUGAGCUACCUGAGGAAGACAGUCGUGUGCAACAUCUGCGGCAGGAGGCAGAAGAGACAGUCCCUGACCUCUCUGAGGACUACUCCACUGCUGAUGAGCUCGCACGUACAGGAGAGGCUGACCUCUCACACACCAGCUCUGACGAUGAGUCCCGGGCUGGUACCCCUUCCCUAGUUACCUACCUCAAGAAGGCCGGGGGUCCUGGGGUCUCACCCCUGGCCAGAGAGCUUGGGGCCCCAGAAGGCCCCUCUGUGAAGCCACAGACGCAGCAGGAGCAGCCAGCACCUGCAUGCCCAGCACCCAGAGACUUGAGUGCAGACGACCUGAGUGAUCCCUCCCUGGACAAGGCAGCAGUGAAAAUCCAGGCGGCCUUUAAGGGCUACAAGGUUCGAAAGGAGAUGAAGCAACAGGAAGGGCCGGUGUUCUCCCGCACAUUCGGGGACACAGAGGCACAGGUGGGGGAUGUGCUGCGGUUGGAGUGUGUGGUGGCCAGCAAGGCGGAUGUGCGGGCCUGCUGGCUGAAGGACGGCAUAGAGCUGACCGAUGGGCGGCACUACCACAUCGACCAGCUCCAGGAUGGCACCUGCUCUCUGCUGGUCACUGGCCUGGGCCGCGCUGACACUGGCUGCUACACCUGCCAGGUGAGCACCAAGUUUGGUCUUGUGAGCCACAGCGCUCGUGUGGUCGUCAGCGGAACCGAGAGUGAGGCCGAGAGCUCCUCGGGAGGUGAGCUGGAUGAUGCGUUCCGCCGGGCGGCACGGCGCCUACACAGGCUCUUCCGCACCAAGAGCCCAGCCGAGCUCUCGGAAGAGGAGCUCUUCCUCAGCGCAGAUGAAGGCACCUCGGAACCAGAGGAGCCUGCAGACUGGCAGACCUACCGGGAGGACGAGAACUUUGUGUGCAUCCGUUUUGAGGCACUCUCAGAGGCCCGCCAGGCAGUCACCUGCUUCCAGAACAUGUUUGCCACUAUGGGCAUCGGGGUGGAGAUCAGCCUCGGGGAGCAGGGACCCCGGGGAGUGGAGAUGCGAAUUGGCAAGGUGGCCCCUGCCUCCACACCUGCAGUGCCACUGGAGCAGGCACCUGGCUUGCAGACUUCAGAUGCUGCCCCGGUGUUUCUGACGGAACUGCAGAACCAAGAUGUGCAAGACAGCUACCCUGUGAGCUUCGACUGCGUGGUGACAGGCCAGCCAGUGCCCAGUGUGAAGUGGUUUAAGGAUGGGAAGUUGCUGGAAGAAGAUGACCACUACAUGAUCAAUGAGGACCAGCAGGGUGGCCACCAGCUCAUCAUCACGGCCGUGGUACCAGCCGACAUGGGUGUCUACCGAUGCCUGGCAGAGAACAGGGCGGGCGUGUCCUCCACCAAGGCUGAGCUCCGUGUAGAGUUGACGAGCACAGACUAUGACACUGCAGCCGAUGCCACAGAGACCUCAUCAUACUUCAGCGCCCAGGGAUACCUAUCCAGCCGGGAGCAAGAAGGGACCGAGUCGGAUGAGGGGCAGCUUCCUCAGGUGUUGGAGGAGCUCAAAGACCUCCACGUAGCCCCUGGAACCCACCUGGCCAGAUUCCAGCUCAAGGUGAAAGGCUACCCAGCCCCCAGACUUUACUGGUUCAAGGAUGGCCAGCCCCUGACUGCAUCUGCCCAUAUCCGCAUGACCGACAAGAAGACCCUGCACACCCUAGAGGUCGUCUCAGUCACCCGGGAGGACAGUGGCCAGUAUGCAGCCUACAUCAGCAAUGCCGUGGGCGCUGCCUACUCAUCUGCCCGACUGCUGGUCCAAGGUCCCGGUGAACCAGAAGAGAAGCCAGUGUCAGAUGUGCAUGAGCAACUGGUGCCACCCCGGAUCCUGGAGCGGUUUACCCCCAAGAAAGUGAAGAAAGGCUCCAGCAUUACGUUUUCAGUGAAGGUGGAAGGAUGCCCGGCCCCCUCUGUGCAUUGGCUCAAGGAAGAAGCAGAGAAGGGUGUACUGUGGAUCGGCCCUGACACUCCUGGCUACACCAUGGCCAGCUCUGCCCAGCAGCACAGCCUGGUCCUGCUGGACAUUGGCCGGCAGCACCAGGGCACCUACACAUGCAUUGCCACCAAUGCCGCUGGCCAAGCACUCUGCUCUGCCAGCCUGCAUGUCUCAGGCUUGCCCAAGGAAGGGGAACAGGAGAGAGUAAAGGAGGCCCUCAUCUCCACCUUCCUGCAAGGGACAACCCAAACGGUCUCAGCCCAGAUGUCAGAAUCGGCAGGUUUCCCUGACCUUGCUGGCCAGAGAAAAGGGGAGUCCCUGGUGACUGAGGAGGCCCGCAGCCACUUGUCCCUUGCUGAAGUGGGCACAGAAGAGUUUCUGCAGAAACUUACCUCCCAGAUCACCGAGAUGGUGUCGGCCAAGAUCACACAGGCCAAGCUUCAGGUACCUGGGGGUGACAGCGACGAGGAGUCCAAGACACCAUCUGCAUCUCCCCGGCAUGGUCGCUCACGUCCUUCCUCCAGUGUCCAAGAGUCCUCCUCAGAGUCCGAGGAUGGGGACUCCCGUGGUGAGAUCUUUGACAUCUACGUGGUCACAGCUGAUUACCUGCCCCUGGGGGCAGAGCAGGAUGCCAUUACACUGAGAGAAGGCCAGUAUGUGGAGGUCCUAGACUCGGCCCACCCCCUGCGCUGGCUUGUACGCACCAAGCCCACCAAAUCCAGCCCUUCUAGGCAGGGCUGGGUGUCACCUGCUUAUUUGGACAAGAGACUCAAGCUGUCACCUGAAUGGGGGCCCACUGAGGCCCCUGAGUUCCCUAGGGAGGCUGUGUCUGAGGACGAGUACAGGAUGAGGUUGAGGUCUGUCAUCCAGGAGCUGCUGAGCUCAGAACAGGCCUUUGUGGGUGAGCUGCAGUUCCUGGAGGACCACCACAUACAGCACCUGGACCACUCUCCCCGUGUGCCCGCAGCUGUGGCCAGCCAGAAGACAGUCAUCUUCCGUAACGUGCAGGACAUCGGCCAUUUCCACAGCAGCUUCUUGCAGGAGCUGCAGUGCUGUGACACGGAUGAUGAUGUAGCCAUGUGCUUCAUCAAGAACCAAGAGGCCUUUGAGAAGUACCUUGAGUUCCUGGUGGGCCGUGUGCAAGCUGAAUCAGUGGUUGUCAGCACCCCAGUCCAGGAGUUCUACAAGAAAUACACAGAGGAGACACUGUCAGCCAAGGACCCCUCACAGCCACCCCCACCUCCACUUCAACACUAUCUGGAGCAGCCAGUGGAGCGGGUGCAGAAGUACCAGGCCCUGCUGAAGGAGCUGAUCCGCAACAAGGCCCGCAACAGGCAGAACUGCGCACUGCUGGAGCAAGCCUAUGCCGUGGUGUCUGCCCUGCCUCAGAGAGCUGAGAACAAGCUGCAUGUGUCCCUUAUGGAGAACUACCCAGGCACUCUGGAGGCCCUGGGAGAGCCCAUCCGCCAGGGCCACUUCAUUGUAUGGGAAGGAGCACCAGGUGCCCGGAUGCCCUGGAAGGGCCACAACCGCCAUGUCUUCCUCUUCCGAAACCACUUGGUAAUCUGCAAGCCCCGGAGAGACUCUCGCACUGACACCUUCAGCUACAUGUUCCGGAACAUGAUGAAGCUGAGCAACAUUGACCUGAAUGACCAGGUAGAGGGGGAUGACCGUGCCUUCGAGGUGUGGCACGAGCGAGAAGACUCUGUGCGCAAGUACCUGCUGCAGGCACGGACAGUCAUCAUCAAAAACUCAUGGGUGAAGGAGAUCUGUGGGAUCCAGCAGCGCCUGGCCCUGCCUGUGUGGCGUCCCCCUGAUUUUGAAGAGGAACUAGCCGAUUGCACAGCCGAGCUGGGUGAGACAGUCAAGUUGGCCUGCAAAGUGACUGGCACACCUAAGCCCAUCAUCAGCUGGUACAAAGAUGGGAAACCAGUGGAAGUGGACCCACACCACAUCCUCAUUGAGGACCCCGAUGGCUCCUGCACCCUCAUCUUGGACAACCUGACUGGCGUGGACUCUGGCCAGUACAUGUGCUUUGCAGCCAGUGCUGCUGGCAAUGCCAGCACUUUGGGAAAGAUUCUGGUGCAAGUGCCCCCAAGGUUUGUGAACAAGGUCCGGGCCACACCGUUUGUGGAAGGGGAGGAUGCACAGAUCACCUGCACCGUGGAAGGCUCCCCAUACCCUCAGAUCAGGUGGUACAAGGAUGGUGCCCUGCUGACCCCUGGCAGCAAGUACCGGAUGCUGAGUGAGCCCUGCAGCGGUGUGCUGGUGCUGGUGGUCCGGGCGGCCAGCAAGGAGGACCUGGGACACUAUGAGUGUGAGUUGGUGAACCGACUGGGCUCAACGCGUGCUGGUGGAGAUCUGUACAUGCAGAGCCCUGCACUGAGGGCCCGGGACCAGCAGCACAGGGAGCAGCAGCUUGUGGCUACCGUGGAAGGAGCCCCGUCCAUGCAGGUCACCAUCGAGGAUGUGCAAGUACAAGUGGGUGGCAUGGCACAGUUUGAGGCUGUCAUUGAGGGUAGCCCACCACCCAUAGUGACCUGGUACAAGGACAGCAACCAGCUGAUGGACAGUGCACAGCUGAGCCAGCAGCAAGAUGGAACCACAUAUUCCCUGGUGUUGAAAGAUGUGACUCAGCAAGAUGCGGGCGUCUACACAUGUCUGGCCCAUAAUGCGGGUGGACAAGUGUUCUGUAAGGCAGAGCUGCUGGUCUGUGGGGGAGACAAGCCAGACUCAGAAAAGCAAGCAUAUCGGAGAAAGCUGCAUUCCUUCUAUGAGGUCCAAGAAGAGAUUGGGAGGGGUGUGUUCAGCUUCGUGAAAAGGGUUCAGCACAAAGGAAACAAGAUAUCAUGUGCUGCCAAGUUCAUCCCCCUGCGGAGCAAAACCCGGGCUCAGGCUUACCAGGAACGAGAUAUACUGGCCACACUCAGCCACCCACUGGUCACUGGGCUCCUGGACCAAUUUGAGACCCGGAAGACUCUCAUCCUUAUCUUGGAACUGUGUUCAUCUGAGGAACUGCUGGAUCGCCUCUUCAAGAAGGGUGUAGUGACCGAGGCUGAGGUCAAGGUCUACAUCCAGCAGUUGGUAGAAGGUCUGCACUAUUUGCACAGCCAUGGUAUUCUCCACCUGGAUAUAAAGCCCCCCAAUAUCCUGAUGGUGCACCCUGCUCGGGAAGACAUUAAGAUCUGUGACUUUGGCUUUGCCCAAAAAAUCACCCCUUCAGAGCCACAGUACAGCAAGUACGGCUCGCCUGAGUUUGUGUCCCCUGAGAUCAUUGAGCAGAGUCCUGUCAGCGAGGGCUCUGACAUCUGGGCCAUGGGUGUCAUCUCCUACCUCAGCCUCACCUGCUCGUCCCCGUUUGCGGGAGAGAGUGACAGGGCCACCCUCCUGAAUGUUCUGGAGGGGCGGGUGUCUUGGAGCAGUCCCAUGGCCGCCCACCUGAGCGAGGAUGCUAAGGACUUCAUCAAGGCCACGCUGCGGAAGGCCCCCGGUGUCCGGCCUAGUACCUCCCAGUGCCUUGCCCACCCCUGGCUCCUGAAGUCCCUGCCUGCGGAGGAGGCCCACUUCAUCAACACCAAGCAGCUCAAGUUCCUUCUUGCUCGAAGUCGCUGGCAGCGCUCCCUGAUGAGCUACAAGUCCAUCCUGGUGAUGCGUUCCAUUCCCGAGCUGCUCCAGGGUCCUCCACACAGCCCGUCCCUGGGAGUGGCCCGGCACCUUCGAGGGGAUGCCAGUGGCUCCUCCAACUCCUCCUCUUCCUCGGAUAAUGAACUCACUCCAUUCGCCCGGGCUAAGUCACUGCCACCUUCCCCUGUGACCCACUCCCCACUGCUGCAUCCCCGGGGCUUCCUGCGGCCCUCAGCAAGCCUCCCAGAGGAGACAGAGGCCAGUGUACACUCAGUUGAUGUAGCCCAGCCAGCGUCCCCCCAGGGUGCUGGGCCUCCAGGAAGCCCAGGAUGUGUGCCCAGGCACAGCGUCAUCAGCAGCCUGUUUUACCAGCAGGCAGGUGAGGGCUCAGAACAUGGGAGCCAAGGCCCGGGUUCCAGGAGGCACCCAGCUCGAAGGCGCCAUCUGCUAAAGGGUGGGUACAUCGCAAGGGCCCUACCAGGCCUACGUGAGCCGCUGCUGGAGCACCGUGUGUUGGAAGAAGAGGCUGCUAGGGAGGAGCAGGCCAUUCUGAUGACCAAGACACCCUCCUUUGAGACCGCCCUGCGACUGCCCAGCUCCACUGACCCAAAGACCCCUGAAGCCCCAGGCCGUAGCCACUCCCUGGACCAUGGUCCACCAAACACUCCCAGCCCCUCUCUGGAGGCAUGCAGGGAAAAGUGCUCAUUCCCAACCCCUUCGGGGGUGACUCAUGAAGCUUCUACCAGGGAUGUGGAUCACUCAAAGGGAUCCCUGCAGGGGUCUGUGCCUUCUUCAUCUGCAAGUGGUGAAGUGGGACUUCCUCAGCAAGAGAGGUCAUCCCAGGACGGCUGUCGAGGGAAGCCAGCCCCUUCCUGUCACUCUCAGCUGGGUUCUGGUCCCCAGGAGGGCUGCAGCUCCCCAUCGUCAAAACUGCCUGACUCUUUACCUUCAGGGUCAUUGAAUAAGGACCUCUUGGCACCUUGUAGUGCAGCUCCAUCUCCAACCCAAGCAAGCCCCCUACCAGGCUCCAAGGACGUCUCUCUACCUGGAAAGCCCUGGCCAGGCACUGCCAGUUCUUCAGUGCCAGCCUCCCAAGCGGGUACCUCCCUGGAUACUGAGGGCUUGUCGGAGGUUGAAGAUGCGUGUAACUCCACACCCCCUCCACAGCGGCCUCUGGAGCAGGCGACCACCCGGAAGUUCUCCCUGGAAUCCCGUGGGGGCUAUGCAGGGGUGGCAGGCUAUGGCACCUUCGCCUUUGGUGGGGAUGCGGGGGGCAUGCUAGGGCAGGGACCUCUUUGGGCCAGGAUGGCCUGGGCUGUGUCCCAGUCCUCAGAGGAGCAGGAUGAUGCUGGGGCUGAGAGUCCCCAGCUCCUGGCCAGCUCAGAGUCCAUGCCCAAGGCCAGUGGGAGUCCCUUGAAGGUCUCCCCAAGCCUGACCCCAUGGGAGGAAGUGGAGCAGGUUUCGCUGGUACAGAUCCGGGAUCUGUCAGGUGAUGUGGAAGCAGCUGACACCAUCUCCUUGGACAUUUCUGAGGUAGAUCCUGCCUACCUCAACCUCUCAGAUCUGUAUGAUAUCAAAUACCUUCCAUUUGAGUUCAUGAUCUUCAGGAGAGUCCCCAAACCCAUGGAUCAGCCAGAGUCACCUGGAUCUGAGACGGAGACUGGGGAAGGGCUGGCAGCGUUCCUGGAGGAGGCCGCGUGGUCCUGGCCGGGCGAGCCGGGCCUGCACGCUGGCCUGGAAAUCACAGAGGAGCCAGAGGACCUGGAGGCACUGCUGGGGGAAGCUGCUGUGGGCAGGAAGCGCAAGUGGUCCCCCUCCCGUGGUCUGUUCCCAUUCCCGGGGAGGUGCUUGUCAGGGGAGGAGCCCAUGGAGUUUGGACUGCGCCAGAGGGUGAAGGCUUCCAUGGCUCACAUCUCCAGGAUCCUGAAGGGCAGGCCGGAAGGUUCUGAGAAGGAGGAGCCCCCCAGGAAGAAGGCAGGUCUAGCCUCUUUCCGACUGUCAGGCCUGAAGGGCAGGGACCAAGAGCUCUCAGACGAGACUGUGGUCCUGGGCCAGUCAGUGACACUGGCCUGUCAGGUGUUGGCCCAGCCAGCUGCCCAGGCCACCUGGAGCAAAGAUGGGGCGGUCCUGGAGAACAGUGGCCACCUUCUCAUCUCCUCCACCUUGAAGAACUUCCAGCUGCUGACCAUCCUGGUUGUGACCGAGGAGGACCUGGGCACGUACACCUGCUGCGUGAGCAAUCCGCUGGGGAUGGCGCUCACUACAGGCAUCCUCCGGAAAGCAGAGCGCCCCUCAUCCUCCCCUCGCCCGGAGGUGGGAGAAGUGUACGCAGACAGGGUGUUGCUGGUCUGGAAGCCUGUGGAGUCUUGCGGCCUGGUGACCUACAUUGUACAGUGCUGCAUAGAAGGAGGCAGCUGGACUACUCUAGCCUCUGACAUCUCUGACUGCUGCUACCUCACCAGCAAGCUGUCCCGGGGCGGUAUUUACACUUUCCGGACAGCAUGUGUCAGCAAGGCAGGAAUGGGCCCCUACAGCAGCCCCUCGGAGCAGGUCCUCCUAGGAGGACCCAGUCACCUAGCCUCUGAGGAGGAGAGUGGCUGGGCAAGGCCAACCCAGCCCCUGCCCAGCACAAAGACCUUCGCCUUCCAGAUGCAGAUCCGGAGGGGUCGCUUCAGUGUGGUCCGGCAGUGUAGGGAGAAGGCCAGUGGGCGGGCGCUGGCUGCUAAGAUUGUUCCUUACCGGCCUGAGGACAAGACAGCUGUGCUUCGAGAAUACGAAGCACUUAAGAGACUGCACCACCCGCACCUGGCCCAGCUCCAUGCGGCCUAUCUCAGCCCCCGGCACCUGGUGCUCAUCCUGGAGCUGUGUUCUGGCCCUGAGCUGCUCCCCUGUUUGGCAGAGAGGGACACCUACUCAGAGUCAGAGGUGAAGGACUACCUGUGGCAGAUACUGAGUGCCACCCAGUACCUGCACGCCCAGCACAUCCUGCACUUGGACCUGAGAUCCGAGAACAUGAUGGUUACUGAGUACAACCUGCUCAAGGUUGUGGACCUGGGCAGUGCCCAGAGCCUCAACCAAGAAAAGGUCUUGCCCCCAGAGAACUUCAAAGACUACCUGGAGACCAUGGCUCCGGAACUCCUGGAAGGCCAAGGGGCUGCUCCACAAACAGACAUCUGGGCCAUCGGCGUGACAGCCUUCAUCAUGCUGAGUGCCGAGUACCCAGUGAGCAGCGAGGGGACUCGCGACCUGCAGAAAGGUUUGCGCAAGGGACUCAUCCAGCUGAGCCGCUGCUACGCAGGGUUGUCCGGGGGUGCAGUCGCCUUCCUGCGGAGCGCACUGUGCGCCCGGCCCUGGGGCCGGCCCUGCGCCUCCAGCUGCCUGCGGUGCCCGUGGCUGACCGAGGAGGGGCCGGAGGGUUCCCGGCCCGCGCCCGUGACCUUCCCCACCGCGCGGUUGCGCGCCUUCGUGCGCGAGCGCGAGAAGCGGCGGGCGCUGCUGUACAAGAAGCACAACCUGGCCCAGGUGCGCUGAGGUCCCGACCCUGCAGGGCAAGAUGUGCCUUGCUACCCUGGUAGAGACAAUAAAAGAUG